AUGCCCCCUUCACCUCCCAAGGUCGAGCCUGAGCUGCACUAUAUUGCGCCGACUCCUCAUGUGCCCAACUCCAAACUUCCAGUGCUUAUAUAUCGCGGCGUUCUCCAAGGCUUCGAUCGCGAGCGCAUCCUUGAGCACAUCCAAGGAAACAACUGGCUGAAAGGCGGCCAGUGGAAAACGUACAAGACGGCUCAUUUCCACUCCAAUACGCAUGAGUGCUACGCUGUGUUGAGCGGGAAAAGCACCUACUCGCUCGGCAAGUCUCCAAUCGAUGCAGACUUCAGUGAAGAAGGACAUGAGAACGGGAUGAAGCUCCAAGUCGCCCAAGGCGAUGUGUUCGUCCUACCAGCGGGCAUCAGCCACUACUCCCUCGACUCCGAAGGAGAUUAUGAAUACAUUGGAUUUUACCCCGAGGGUUCUCCCAAAUGGGACAUGAACUACUGCAAAGAGACCCCGGAGGAGACGAGAAAGAAGGCUGUUGAUUGCUACAAUGUGCCUAUUCCCGAUACCGAUCCGGUGUACGGUGAUUCGGGUCCUUUGCCCGUAAUAUGGCAAGAUGCGGACAGGUAG